UGUGACUUUGUAGAGGACUUAAAAAAUGAUGCUCAAACAUAUGGUAUUCGUGAAACUCGUCAAGCUCCAAAUGGUGUUUGUCUUGAAAAAAUCGAAAACGGAUCUUAUAUUGGCAUGGCUCCACAUCCUGAUGGGUCUAACCGCGUAUUUUUGUGGAAUCAACAAGGUAAAGUAUGGAUUGCCAAUGUUCCUGAGGAUGGAUCUAAUGGAGUGUUGGAAAUUGACGAAUCGAAGCCCUUUCUAGAUAUAACUGAUCACGUGCUUUUUGGUUUGCAAUUCGGGGUAAUGGGAAUGGAGUUCCAUCCUAAUUUUGUAAGUAAUGGUCGUUUCUUUGUUUCGUACCACUGUGAUAAGUUGCGACACUCAGGAUGUUUAGGUAGAUGCUCGUGUAACUUGGAAAUUGAUUGUGAUCCAGCAACACUUCCAAUAGACAGUGGCAUUGCACCAUGCCAGUAUCAAAUUGUAGUAGCAGAGUUCACAGCAAAUGCUACUGCAACAACACCUUUCUUGGUAUACAUCCUUUUAUUGCUUUAUACGAUACGAAUUUCAAAUUUUUCUAUAUUGAAAUUCUCUUGAUUGCAUACUUUGAUCAUCGUCAUGACAGGUAGAAAGUUCUAAGACAUUGGAAGUGAAGAGGAUAUUUACAAUGGGACUACCACAUAGGGGAGUUUAUGGAGGACAGAUUCUUUUCGGCCCUGCAGAUGGAUUUUUGUAUGUUAUGACUGGUAGUGGUACGCAGCGAGGGGACCCUUACAAUUUUGCACAAAACAAAAGAUCGUUGCUCGGAAAGAUCUUGAGGAUUGAUGUGGAUCAAAGUAUGCUGAUCAAAUGUUGAUAUAUUGUGUAGACUUAUUAUGUGAUUUACCUUUUUAUUUCCAGGAAAAGUUUUAGGCAAACUUAUCCUGUUCGAGUAAACCUUUGAAUCUUGAGUCAUAACAUGGAAACAAACUGAUAGAUGAGACUGCAUGUUUUUUGGACUAUAACAGCUGAACACUGCAAUUUUCUCAUUUAAUUACUAACAGGAAACGAAGUGCAUGAUCGAGGGCUUUGGGGAAAUUACUCAAUACCAAGAGAUAAUCCGUACAACAAUGACAAGCAAUUAGCGCCUGAAGUUUGGGCUUUAGGUCUUAGAAAUCCAUGGCGUUGUAGUUUCGAUUCAGAAAGGCCUUCCUACUUCAUGUGUGGAGAUUCUGGACAGGUUUGGAACUCCACUAUCUUUUAGACAAACAGUAAGCAUAGUCAUUGAGCUCAAGGGAAAUCUUGAUAAGUUCAAAAGCAAAAACAGGACAGAUGUUAAGUCUCUUUGAAUAAAUUAUUAAAGAUAUUUAUCCUUUCAUGAAACUUAUAGGACAUGUAUGAAGAGAUAGAUAUGAUAACAAAAGGUGGAAACUAUGGAUGGCCCGUCUACGAAGGCCGUUAUCUCUUCAAACCAGCAAAUGCCCAAGAAGGAAGCAUUUCUAAUUCUAGCUCCAACAGUCUCAGGUUCCCGGUCAUGGGAUACAACCACUCUGAAACUUGUAAGACAAUUGGUUCCGCGUCUAUAAUUGGUGGAUACUUCUACAGGUCUCAAACUGAUCCUUGUCUGUAUGGAAGGUUUGCAUUUUUUUCUUAGCUUACAAACUUGAAACUCUGUAUAUAUGUACUGUCUCAUUAGCUCAAGUUGAUUUUGAAUCGAAUUUUGUAGGUACUUGUACAUAGACUUAUAUCCAGAUGGAAUAUGGUCAGGUACUGAAAAUAGUAGAAACUUUACAAGUUCAAAAACACCAUACAGGUGUGCGCGUGAUUCUCCAAUACAUUGUGAAUCCAUUGCAGAGGAUGUUAUGCCUGCUAUAGGAUACGUUUUGUCUUUUGGGGAAGACAAUAGAAAAGAUAUUCAUAUGCUAACAACCACUGGCGUUUACAGAGUUACACGUCCGAGUAGGUGUAACUACCAUUGUCCUAAAGAAACAAGUGUAGCAAGUAAACCAGGUCCUUCUGUUUCCAUGUCUAGGAAAUUAUGGGAGAGGGCACAACACUAUACUCUUCUAAUUUCUUCUAUGUUGAUGCUUUUGUUGAAUUUUGUAUAAUGGGAUAUGC